GAUUUUUCUCGAUCGAGAGGCGCGAACGUUCCUGUGAGAGAGGAGGAGGAGGAGGAUAUAGUCACUUGACGUGAGUUUUCGCGAGGGAAUCCGUUUCUUUUCUCGCGCCGAUCCGACGUUCCCCUCCCUCCCCUUUUUUUGCCCUCCCCUCUCUCGCGCGUUAAUAAACACCACUAAUCAUUUGACAUAAAGGCAUUGUUUAUAUCUGAAAAGCCGCACACUUCGACAAUGGAUUUCCUUUCGUGAACGGUCAGAAUAGUGACGCACACAGUUCUACAGUAUUAAAUCCGAUAUUAAUUAUGUAAUUAAUUUACGCGCCGUGAAUGAAACGUACUCUUCCGUUUACACGAGAUCCAUCGACGCAUUCGGACGUUAACAAUACGGUAUUAUGCGCUCGAUGAAUGAUCAAUGAUUUUUUUUUGUUCUCAAAAUGUCAGGUCGAGAGUAAAAGCACAAACAUAUGCUGUCGUCAAUUGUAACGAUCGUCAAUCUCGUAUUCUCUUUCGAUGAAUGAGCGGUCGCACAAGUUUUGCAAAUAACGCAAGAUCUAAUCGUAUCUCCGGGUGAACAUUUUUUCAAAUAAAUCGCGCAUCGAGCUUGGAUUGUGCCAACGAAAUCCAACGAGUGAGCCGUAUAAGACGUACAGGGCGCACCGACGCGUCGCUACGGCACUGGCGAUCGUGUCGGAGUGCAGGUGGGCCGAGCGCGUACGAAAACAGCCGAGCGCACGUUCGGGGGAAAACGGAGCGGCGGUACUCGGCGAGGACUGUUGUCAGAGUAUUCAGUAAUGCUUUGCAUGGCCAGCUAGCUACUAGCGUGUGCGUCGAUGACAAUCACGUCAUCCGCUCGGAGUGCUCGUGCGAUGUUACUCGGGGAGCUAACCGGGCUACAUACCGGCGGCCGAUACUUACGUGGCGCAGUGCAUUUUUCGUGAGACUGUGAGGAGAAAAAGAACGAGAAAACAGCGCUAAAGGACACGUUUCGGGGAGGACGGACAGUGAGUGAGAAAGACUGUGAGAGAGCGCGCGGAAGGCAGGAAAGACGAAAGGCACAUUCGGCGAACAGAACUUACUGAUUGUGCCGUCGCCGAAGUAACGUGGUGCUCCGGUUUCACGUAUCCGCGCAGUUGGUUUCUUUUAAUUUUUCUUUCUUUUAAUUUUUCGACCCCGUCGCUUCGCUCUCACGUACCGCGACAGUCACGCGGAGGGCGAACAGAGAAACGGACCGUCGCGCGGCAGCACCGUGUGCGGCAGUGCAGCAGCAGCGUACCAAGAUGCUGUCAUCAGUGUCAGCGAAAUAAUAAUGUGGUGCGACGUCAGUCAGCAUAAAACUCAUGAAAGGGAAGAUGUUUUGGGCCUAAAGAGUUGUGCAAUGAUGGGUCUGCAGGCGACGGCAGGAAAACGCAAAUUGGAGGGAGGUGUUGGCUGCAUGGAAUUCCACAUGGACAUAGGCGAGAGUCCGUCGAAGCUCGGACGCGUAGAGGGUAGCUGGUGGGCGAUGGACGAUAGUUACGGACCGCCCCUGAACCAGACGUCGACGUCGUAUUACGAGAUGGAGAUAAACUCUCCGUGUCUACCGGCGAACCCGUGCCAGCCCACGUCGACGAGCUCCUCUCAGCAACAGCAGCAGCAACAGCAGCAGCAACAGUCGCAACAACACCAACCACAUCAUCCAUCUUCCCAGGCGCCGCAACAGGCGCAACAACAGCAGCAGCAGCAGCAGCAAUCGCAACAGCAGCAGCAACAAUCGCCAGCAGCGUCAUCGUCAACGUCGGCUUCGUCCACGGUGACGCAGUUGCAUCACCACACGCAACAUUACUAUCACCACCAACGUGGCACCGUUAGUCCCAUCGGUAGCAACGGCUACAGCCAGCUGUCGAGAUCUCAGCCCCCUCAGUGGGGCGCUCUUCAUCACUACGAGCCACCGACGAUACGUCGUGAGGAAAACGGCAAGAGCUAUCUGGAACUUGGUUCGAGUUAUCGCGCAAACGAACGAUGUUGCGAAGGUUCCAAGUCUAGUUGGUGCCGGCGUGGGCGAGCCUGUUAUCGACAACGACGGCUCGCUGUGCUCAACAUCUCGAUGUGCAAACUCGCCAGGUACCGACAGUUCCCGGAUCCGAGUCUUCACCGGUCGGUACUGAUCUGCAACACCCUGAGACACCUCGAACGCGAGAUGGAAAGGGAUCGUAGUCCGCCGCCCAUGGAGCCGGUCGUUCCGGUGCCCAUUGCGCAAUUACAACCACCCGAGCAGGGCAGGCUAACGCCUUUCCCAGUACCGCCGACGUCGUCCGGGGAAACCGAUGUCGACUCCGGUAUUGGCGACAGCGACGACAGCCGAUCGAUCAACUGGGGUAGCGUGCUCUCUCUGUCCAGCCAGUCGCCGCUGGAUCCGCUUAACAACAACGAAUUACUGGAUGUGGACAUAGGUCCCGAUCUCGACUUGGACUUCAUGCCUGGCUGGAAGCUGACUCCCCUUCAGGCGGACGACAUCCUGAGGACAACGACGACAUCUCAGGAGCAGCAUCACCACCACCACCAUCAUCACCACCAUCACCACCAUCAUCAGCAUCACCACCACCAGCAGCAGCAGCAGCAGCAACAUCUAAUGUCGUCGAGCAACAGCUGCGGCAGCAGUUGCGGCAACAGCAACGUCGGUAGCGCCGGCGUCAGUAGCGGUAGCAGCAGUAGUACGCACGAGUCGUUGAUGUGCGUGGGAUCAUAGCCCUCGACCUUGACGUCGUUGAGUCACUUAAUCGAUUUCUAUCCGCUGACGCCGCAGGGCAAGUAGACAUCCGCGCUUACACGCCCGCGGGUCCACGAAGACGCGGGUGAAAGACGAUGGUGCUGACGGCUCGCCCUCCCUCCGGUGCGCUCGACGUACUGCCGGCGACUCUCGAGGAGCCACGUUCUACUCUCUGUUUUGCGUUAAUUUAUUGUCGCGUCAAUUACGUACAUCCGCGUAGGACACACGUACACCACAUACACAUAUGAACACAUACCAACACACACACACACACACACACACACACACACACACACACACACACACACACACACACACACACACACACAACCACACACACACACAACACACAAAUACACGCCGACCGAUCUUCUGUGACACUUGCGUUCUUCCUUCGUUCCUCUUACCACCGCUAUUACUAUUACUACUACUGCUACCACCGCUAGUACUCUAAAUCCUAUUACUCCUAUCGUUACCACUAUUUCUACUACUACUAUCGCCCGCGACUACUUAU